GGAAAUUGUUCGGGUUUUAUUGUAAUUUAAGCUUUUCCUUUUCCUAUUAGUACUUCCAAAUUUGCAAUCUUUAUUUAACUUGGACGGAAGGAGCCCUCUCUCUGCUGUGCUUCUUUCUGCAGAAGUGAGAAUUAAUCAGUCCCUCAAAAUCCUUAGAAAUCCUUCCAAUUCUUAAAAACCUAGGAAAAUCACACACCCCUGCUAAGGUUCAACCAUGGCGAGAAACGAAGAGAAAGCUCAGUCUAUGCUCAAUAGGUUCAUAACCAUGAAGGCCGAGGAGAAGAAGAAACCUAAAGAGCGCCGCCCGUUUUUAGCCUCGGAAUGCCGGGAUUUAGCGGAAGCUGACAAAUGGCGUCAGCAAAUCAUGCGCGAGAUCGGGCGGAAAGUGACGGAGAUUCAGAACGAAGGGCUUGGUGAACACAGGCUUAGGGAUCUUAACGAUGAAAUUAAUAAGCUGAUUAGAGAAAAGGGGCACUGGGAGAGGAGGAUUAUUGAGCUUGGCGGGCCGAAUUACAUAAGGAAUUCAGCCAAGAUGACCGAUUUGGAUGGGAAUAUUGUUGAUAUUCCAAACCCAGGUGGACGUGGGCCUGGAUAUAGGUAUUUUGGGGCGGCGAAGAAACUUCCUGGUGUUAAAGAGUUGUUUGAGAAGCCUCCGGAGUUGCGGAAAAGACGAACGAGGUAUGAUAUUUAUAAGAGGAUUGAUGCAAGCUACUAUGGGUAUAGAGAUGAUGAGGAUGGGAUAUUAGAAAAGUUAGAGAAGCCAUCAGAGGAGACGAUGAGGGCUGACGCAGUAGAAGAAUGGGUACAAGUGGAAAACAUAAAGAAAAAAGCAAGAGAAGCUGUGAAGAGUGGGGAGGUUGCAGAGGUAGGAUUAGCUCGUCAAAUCUUACGCGAGGAGGAAGAAGAUGUAAUUGAAGAAGAGAGGAGAAUGUUGUCGGAGAAGGAGAAGGAAAAGGAAUUUGUCGUACAUGUUCCUUUGCCAGAUGAGAAGGAGAUUGAGAAGAUGGUUUUGCAAAAGAAGAAGGAGGAACUUCUUAAGAAGUAUGCCAGUGAGGAUUUAGUGAAAGAAGAGAGUAAUGCAAAGGCCAUGCUUAAUAUCCAUAGGUAGAUGUUAGGUUGAUCAAGCGUCUUGAUAAAAAGUAGCGAGCUUAUGUGCUUGGCGGCUUCUUGGGAAGUAUGGCGAUUAUGGAUCUUAUCUGCUUCUGAUUGCAACUUUUUUAACUUGUUCUCAGUUCUAGUGGAGAUGACAAGUAAAAAUAGUGUUACUCAUAAUUAACUUCUUUAUAUGCCCUGUUCUUCUGUUUCUUUUGGAUAUCAUUCAUGUUUUCUUGUGUUGUUUGCCAAAGAAAGCACAUUAUUUGCUUUCUUGUAUCAUCAUGUGCAGUUUGAUUGUGUCGGUAUCUAUUACAAUUACAGCCUUUGGGUUCAACACUACCGAGUGCCUUGUGUUUCUGCUAAUCUCUUGUGCACUACUUUCCCUUAAUUCUUCUCAGAAUAAUACAAGCGUUAUCGAUUUUACAACUUCACUGUGUUCUACUAAAUGGUUAUUUAUUUUUCUUGUACUAGUACUUUACUGGUCACCAUGUCCCACUUUGAAGCCUAAGACUAUAGAGGGGCCUUUGAUAUCACUUACAAAGCAUAAGGGCCGCGUUAACCUGUUCUUUUUGUAAAGGGGUUAUCGAUAGAGUAGAGCAGGAACACCAAGACUUCAGUUAUCGGCAUCAUCGAAC